UGGUUCAUUCCAGGCGCCAUGUUUAAAGUUUCAGCAAUGGCUUCAGAGACCUCACAUGUUCAGGAGACCUCUUUAGGAUCACGCACUGAUUCUGGAGAGGAUUUUGCUCCAUCGAUACUCGGAACAAAAGAAUACUGGGAUAAUGCUUACAGCAGGGAACUCCAGACCUACAGAGACAUUGGAGAUGUUGGAGAAAUAUGGUUUGGAGAGGAAAGUAUGAACCGUAUAAUCCAGUGGAUGGAGAAACAGAAUACACCUGAAACUGCUGCCAUACUGGACAUUGGCACUGGAAACGGUGUCUUCCUUGUAGAACUGGCCAAGCAUGGAUUUCUGAACCUUACUGGAUUAGAUUAUUCCAAUGCCUCAGUAGAACUCGCAACAAAUAUCCUGGCAGAAGAGGGUUUAACAAACAUUAAUGUUCAGGAGCAGGAUUUUCUGAACCCCAGCCCAGAGCUGAAAGGAUUUGACUUGUGUAUAGACAAGGGCACUUUUGAUGCCAUUAGCUUAAACCCAGAAGGCCGAGAAAUUGCAAAACUCCAGUACAUGUCCUCACUGAAAGCAGCUCUAAAGCUACAGGGACAUUUUAUCAUCACUUCUUGUAACUGGACCAAAGAGCAGCUCCUGCAGAUCUUCAGUCCAGACUUUGAGCUACUACAAGAGCUGCCUACACCACGUUUCCAGUUUGGUGGUGUGUCUGGGAACAGCGUCACAGCUUUGGUCCUCAAAAGACUCAGCUGAUGUCAGACUUUGUUUUAAUGUGGCUUCGGAAGCCGUUUGUAAAUUUGUAAAUGCUUUACUGGCUUUCCUUGUGUCUUCUACAUAUACAUAAAAAUCAAAAAGUA